AUGUGAUAUCGAGGGUCUUAUUAGGCGCAACGAUUAGAAUGUGAAACUAUGGGCCCAACAAAAUAUUAUGGAUCAAAAUAUAGGCACAAUUAAUUAAGGCCCAUUGGAAAACCGGAACACGAGUUAACCUAGGGUUUAUUACUUGUUGAACAUAAAAAAGGGUUUAUUACUUGGUAGGAGUUAUCUUCUUCGUCGAUUUCCAAAGCUUUAGCUCACGAAAUCGUUCGUUCUCUGCUUUUUCCCGGCGUUUCCUUCCCGGCUUGAGAAAAAACAUGUCGGUCCAAAGCAAUCCGAAUCUGGAAGAAGCAGUCUCUGAACCACCUCCAGAGAUCAAAAAUUGUCUCGAGGAAACGGCAUACGUAGUUGCCAAAGUUGGGGAUGCUCGUGCGUUGGAGUUUGAGAGACGGAUAUUUGCCGCUGAUGUGGAAAAUGCAGUAUUCAAUUUCUUGCAUCCCUCAGACCCUUAUCACGCAUAUUACAAGGAAAAGGUUACUGAAUACCGUACUCAGCCCCAGCCUCCAGUGAGAUUAACCUGCGAUCUUGAGCCUCCUGUGAGGAAACCACUUUUUGAUAUCCCUGACAAGUUGUCAUUCUUUCCUGAAGCAAUAAAGCCCAAGGAGCUUGGUUCUAUUAUCCUGACAGCUGUGUUUGUUGCGCGUUAUGGGAAGUAUUUUUGGGACGAGUUGAUGAAGAGAGUGGGUACAGAACCUCUGUUUGAUUUUGUGAAGCCAACUGGUAGCAGUUUCAAAUGUUUCUAUCAGCCUGUUUAUGCUUAUUCCAGAGUAAUAAGGCGUUGCCGAAAGCCUGAUACUAGUAAGGAGGAUCUUGUGGACGGUUUUCGCGGUCUUCUCCAAGCGGAGGGAGUAGGGACUGCUUUGAUUGAUUUGCGUGUGCUUGAGUAUGUUGCUAACAUAGAGGAUAAAGAGUUGCUACACCCUUCAAUGAUGAUGAAUCCACCACAGCAAUGAUAGUUUAUAACUUUUGUGUGAUGUGAUAUAAGUUUUCUGUAACUAAAUCUUUUAACAGGUGUACAUGACAAGGAUUCACAAUGGAAACUUUUAUUUUGCAACAUGUUUAUAGUUUAUAAUUUUACCUUUAAUACACGAUGAAUGAUUCUAUCUACCGUAUAUUUUUGAUAAAGUGUUUUCAUUCAUUUGCAUAAUUCACAUUCUUUAUCAGUCAAAUAUCAUAUACUAAGAAGAGCCUAACCUGGUUAAAUCACUAAUCUACUGAUUACAUUUGUGUCCGAAGGAGGCAUGAAAAGACAACGUUAGACUUUGUUAAUUAUCAGAUAAUCAUUUUAUUAUUCCGAACAAUGCAUCCCCUACCACCAGAUCAUUUAUAUAUAGUUUAGUGAUGUUCUUUUCUUCAUCCAACACAUUUUAAAACUUUAUAAUAAACAUGGAACAAAAAUAUGCGUCUUCUUUUGUAUAUAUUCCCCAAUCUACAUAUACCUUUAAUUAGUUCUA